UGCCUUUGUUAAUAUAUGGAUCAACCAGAGUUUUGAGUAAAUCAGUGUGAAAUUAUUGCACAUGUAGGUAUAUUAUUUCCUUUCUCAUGGAGCAUGGCAAGGAGGUAUAUACUGAGGUUUCUGCAGCAUAUAUUGACACAAUGAACAAGGUUUUGAGUGCACAUUUCCGUGCUUAUAUUCAAGCAUUGGAGAAAUUGCAAUUGGAUAUAGCAACAUCUAGUGAUCUGAUAGGUGUUGAAACCAGGAGUACGGGUCUAUUUUCUAGAGGAAGAGAGCCUUUGAAGAACCGGUCUGCUGUCUUUGCUCUGGGAGAGAGGAUAAACAUUCUAAAGGUUUUAUGCUGUUUUUAUUAUUAGUAAUAUAUAAAUUUU